AUGCGAUGCGCGAGCAAGGCCGCCGAGAGCGCUUCCGCACGUCUCUGUGCGGACGCCGAAGCAGAAACCACAGCAACUGAUGUCUCAUCGGUUGCUGAAGCGACUCAGCCUGUGUCACUUGGUGAUGCAGGCGCUAGUCAUGAAGACACUCAUGUCUUCACAGAGUAUGAGCUCGGUGUCUCAUACUCUCCUGAUACGGAAGACGGAUCCGUAUCGACGGCGAUUGAAUCCAAGCCGCCUGCCAAGCGUGGCAUGGAUGAUGCUAUGCUUCGUAGCAUCUUUGUUUCAUCUGAUGAAUCAGAUGAACCAUCGCCGAAGCGAAGGCGCUCGAGGUCGCGAGACUCGGGCGCUAACAGUGGUGUCGGUUCUCCUAUUGACACCACUUCACAGCGAGGUGCCAGUACUUCUGUCGGCACGUCGCAGGAAGAGCGGGACCGCAAUGUGUUGCGUCUCGCUCCUGAAAAGAUGGCAUGGAUGCCUCCUAAAUCCGUCAUGGAUCACUUGUCGGCGACGACGAGUGAUCGUUAUCGAACACGGUUGUUCGAUUCGUCAAGGAUCCAUCACCUUGACCCCAGCGCGAAAAACUAUCGCGCUGAACAUGAAUUCUUCAUCGAUGCUUUCUUCAAACAUCGAUGGUACAGUGGGAAUCACAAACGUGAUGGUCCCUCACUGCUUCAAGCGUGGAACGCCUACAUCCAUAACCUCGAGGAUGUAGGUCGUGACGCUUGGAACGACAAACUUAUCAAAGCUCGUGAUAAGUUUGAAAAGCGAACCCCGACAGGUGCACGCUACAAGCUGCAUCGUCUGUCAAGAUAG